UGACAAUUGUAUGUAAAAUUUUCAGAUUACCAAACAAUGAAGAAAAAAGAAAAGUAUGGAUAGACAAUUUGCAAUUGAAUCAAUGCAAGCUUUACAAAGGAUGCCGUGUAUGCUCGCAACAUUUUGGAGAAGAGAUGUUUGAUAGAACAUCUGCAUGUGGUCGUGUUCGGUUGAAACCAGAUGCAAUUCCAUACUCAAGCGAGGAAACUGUUUCAACUAGGACGAAAGAUACUCGUNUAAAUGUAACUGACGAAAUUCUUCCAGUUACAAGAAAAAGAACUGUAGAGAAUAGUAUAGAUGUGACGGACACAAGUGAACCAAAACGUCGGAUUAUCUCUAAUUCUUCACUUACGAUCAAGCAAGAAUCUGAAGAAAUCAUAGUCGAACGACCUUCCACACCUAAACAGUAUAUUGAUUGUGCAACAUCUGUAUCUCCGACACUUGGCGAAAAUUCACCAAGAAAGAUUUUUCUGCGUACAGUUAUAGAAAAUCAAAAACAAGAAUACAGGAAGAAAAUUUACACACUGCAGCAAGCAAACCGACGAAAGGACCAGCAUAUCAAUCAAAUGCAGGAAAUCAUUUCAGGAUUAAAAAAGAAGAAUUUCAUGCCAAACGCACUUCCAACAUCCAGUUUCAGCUGAAAAUAUUGUUAUAUUUUUGGAUGCGUGUCAUGAUCUUAAAUUGGUAAGAAACGUAUUAGCCGACAAAAAAGUUUUGAUUGAUCAUGAGGGCAAUUUGAUUGAAUGGAAAUAUUUUUUGCUACUCGAGGAAUUGCAGCGCCAAGAAAGUUUACAUUUAGGGAAUAAACUUACAAAAAAUCAUGUGAAUUAUAAAAAUCAGAUAAUGAAGGUAAAGCUAGCCGCUCAAUUAUUUAGUCGAUCUGUUGCCGAUGCUUUAGAAUUAUGUAAAAGCGACUUGGAAUUGCCAGCAUUUAAACAUGCAAAAGCAACAAUCAAAUUUAUAAUAAUCAUUAACGAUUUGUUUGACAUAUUAAAUUCAAAAAAUACUAAACAACCCGGUUUGAAAAGUGCAAUACAUUCUACUAAUUUUGCGACCAUACAAGAGGUUUUAGAGAAUGGGUUUAAUUACAUUACACAACUGAAGUUAACUAAUGGCCAAUUAGUUAUUAGAAGUUUGAGAAAAACUGGUUUUCUGGGCUUCCUUAUUUGUAUUACAAGUAUUCAAUAUUUGUAUCAGUUUUUGUGUCAAGAUAAAAUGAUUUUAUCAUGUAUCCCCACUUACAAGUUCAGUCAAGACCAUCUUGAACUCUUGUUUGGUUGCAUCCGAUAUCAUGGAGGUUGCAACAAUAACCCAACCGCACGACAAUUAGAAACAAUCUUUAAGAAAUUGUUAGUAAAUGCGGAAAUAAAAGAGUCGGCAACAGGCAACUGUCUGUCUCUUCAAAAUGUUAACAUUUUACAUGUGUCAAGCAGCUCGGAAAAAAUUCUUAAUAUAACUACUCCUCAUGCGCACAUGAUUGACAUUGCAAAUAAUGAAUCGAUUAUCACCGAUCAUUCGUAUUUGCCGAACAUGGGAAUAACUGAAUUAUCGGAGAGAAUUAUUGUUUAUAUAGCAGGAUUUGUUGUAAGACACUUAAAAAAAAAAUUAUUAUGUG